UGUGUUAUUAUUGUUAAACGUUUCACUGUGUUCAUAUCGUCGUAUCGCUGUCAGAAGUUUAUUUUUUUUUUUACAUUUAAUAAGUCAUGCCUCACGUUUCGUUAAUAUCUCUGUUAUUAUUUAUGUCUGUAAUAUCUAUGAAUGUUGCUGGUCCUGCUAAAAGAACGUUACAUUUUGAGGAAAAAUGCAAAAACCAAAAUUGGACCACGAUGUAUUUGAGAGCUGACGGAUUUAACGAUACUUUGCAUUACAUUUGGGAUUUUGGCGGUAAACCAUCGAUAUUAAUGGCGCUUACGUCACUUCCGGCGACAUUGAAUAUCACUUGUGAAAAUUUUUUACACAAACAAAAUAAUUCUAUUGUAUUUUCGGAAAAACCUAUUUACACCAUUGGAAUAAUUAUAAACAAGAUAAUCGAAUUUAAUGACGUAAAUAAUACGGCGGUGAUCAAUUUUACCAAUGCAACGAAUAUAAACGUCUUAAAACCAGAAUCAUUUGUUUGGUCUCGCAAAUCAUUUUCAAUGGACGAUGAUUCAUUUGGUUUAAACAUGGAAGCCAAUUUUUACAACGAUACAACUACAAAUAUCAUCAGACACGGAAGUAUAAAAGCAACGUUAAAAGGAUAUUACUUUAUGGAACACACGGAUUCAAUUCCUCACAUGUUACACACAGAAAAUUCCAUGUUGGUAGAUUUAAUAUUCGAUAACAUUGAAACAAACGAAACAUUUACCAAUAGCAGGUUCGCUGUUGAGUUGAUGAUAGUUGGUGGUGGUAAUCCAGAUAAAUUGAUGAUCAUUGAUCCUAAAAAGAAUCUCGAUGAUGAACACACACCUGGUAUAUUUGAGGUGAUUGAAGUGAGAACACCAGCAUUUAACAGAAAUAACGAGACUCAAGAAAAUAGUGCAUAUUUACAAUGGCGACCAAUUUCUUACGUAUCAUCGUCACGUAGUGUCAGUAGUUCAACAGAAAUUGUACAAUAUCCACCAUCAAAAGUAAACAAUCGUGUUGGUGCAAUUAACAAUUCAAUGCUUUAUUGUUAUUACGGUGAAAAUGUUGAUAAUCUUUUGGUACAAACGAUUAUGAUCUCGGUUGGAUCGAAAGAUGAUGGAUUUUAUAAAAGCACACGUUACACAACCUGGACAUUUAUCAUUGGAUAUGGGACACCACCAGAUGAACAGUUAUCCUAUUUAGUUAUCCUAAUCAUUUCGAUUGGACUUGGUCUUCCUAUUGUCAUUAUAUUCCUAGCUGCAUUGUAUGUGUGUAUUCGUAACAUGUCCAAGAGACGACACAAUGACACUUAUUUAAAUCGAUGAGAACAAAUAAUAAGGUCAACCCAAAAUCAGGCCAUCUAGACUAAACAUGACGGAUGUACAAAUACAUACAACAGAGAGACAGACAUAUCAUAUGUGCAUUGAAGUAUAUAUAUAUAUAUGUAUAUUUUCUAUGUACGUAAUCUAUAUACACGUGCAUGUGUAUGUAUGUGUAUAUAGAAAUAUAUAUAUAUAUAUAUAGUUAUAAGAAUUUCUAACUGUACCACCACACGAUGAGGAACAAACCGUAGCUCGAGAUAUUCCUCUCUCUCUCUCUCUCACUGCAAUUAUGCACACGAGCACACGAACAAACAACAAGUUUAUAUGGAUAUUUUUACACGAACGCGUAGUUGCACGGCCGAGUGACGAGAGAGAGAGAGAGAGAAAGAGAGAGAGAAAGAGAGAGAGAGAGAGAGAGAAGCAUCGAUUAAAUGCUAAGAGACUUUUUAACCCGUCCCUUUUUAUAAUAAUGUUCCACGCACACAUGGGGGAACUAUUACAAAAAUUUAUUUUGGAUCUUUCAUAAAUUUUUUUAAAGAAAUAUAUAGUUAUUUGAUUAGAAAAAAAAAUAUUAAAUGUUAUUAAAUAAACAAUUGUUUUUGUUUUUUUUUAACACAUUUGCGACUGGUGACGUUAAUUUCACGUCUUUUCAAGUUCUAUUAUUAAUUG